CUGCAGAAUAACACUCUGAUCAUUGACCUCACUUACAGUGAUCUCCAAACCUCCCCUUACUGAACACAUUGUGCUUGUGCCACAGUGAAGAUGAGACUUACUCUCAGUCUGCUGCUUUUCUGCCAUGUGUGCCAUGAGACAGUAGAUGCCAGCACAGUAUGUAGUCGCCCCCCUGCUGUGGAUGGUUCAGAGGUUCUGGGGGGUCAGCGUGUGUUUGAGCCUGGUGAGCUGGCCACCCUCAAAUGUAGUGAGGGGUACACACCCAUCAGCGGUUCCCGUAAGAUCAUAUGUACCAUUACAGGGGAGUGGACCGAACGCUCCUUACAAUGCUCACCAAAGCGUUGCCCGACUCCUGACCCUCCCGCCAAUGGAAAUGUUGUGGUUAGUAGCAUUGUGUUCCAGAGCACCAUCAAUUACACCUGUAAUGAAGGUUAUGAACUGCAUGGAAACAGUUCUAGUGAAUGUUUACACACAGCGACAUGGAGCAGCCCAGCGCCUCAGUGUAAAUCUGUGACCUGCGGCCUGCCAGUGAUCCCAAAAUAUGCAAAAAUAAUUUAUGAUAAGGUCGUUACUAGUAACAGCACAGAGUUUGGGCUCGGCAUUACCUACAAGUGUUUGCCACCGCUGGCACUGUUCGGUAACGAGAGGGGCUACUGCACACCUAACAGAACAUGGACAGACCCGCCCGAGUGCCGUGAAGUGUCCUGUCAAGUGCCAGCUGCUGUAGAAAAUGGAUUUAUGACAUCUGCUGUUCGCAGAGAGUAUUUGUUCAUGGAUCGGGUCAGAUAUGGCUGCUAUAAGGGCUAUGUUCUGGAUGGACCCAUGGAGAUAGUCUGUGAAAAGAGCGGGCACUGGUCAAAUGAGCCCAUCUGUAAAGAAGAGGCUAAAUGAAUGUGGACGUCUCACCAAUAGUGAACUUGUCUGCAAAUGUUCUUUCAAAAUUGUAUGAACCAAAAAUAAAUGUAUUAAAUCAUUGCUGAAUAUGACAAAAAUGUAAGAAUGUUUAGCCUCUUUUCCACCAUCGGGCAACUGUUCUAGAUGUGCAACCAUGCCGUUCCAUGCCAAUCUUUGCCAGUUGGCACGGUUUCUGUUUCCACUGUGGUGAUGCAAUUAGUAUGUACCAAAUGGGUAUGUUGGUUGGCGACGGCAUAAGAGGCAAACAUUGGUGCGAGUGCACUAUUGAGGACGUUCUAGAGGUUGUGUAUGCCACUGGACAGGAACACACAAAAACGUUCCCAGGACUUUGAAGCUCCAAAAAGCAUUUCAUCAAUCAUGAAUAAUGGAUUAAACCACUGGAGUUUUAUGGAUUACUUUUAAGCUGCCUUUAUGUGCUUUUUGGAGCUUCAAAAUUCUGGUCACCAUUCCCUUGCAUUGUAUGGACCUACAGAGGUGAAAAAUUCUUCCAUCUGGGAUGACAUGAGGGUGAGUAAAUGAUGACAGAAUUUUCAGUUUUGGGUGAACUGUCCCUUUUAUCUUUUUGAGGUUUUAAAUGGAUGAUUUUACUUUGGGACAGACGUCUGAGGUAAAUCUUGUUAAGGUUAUAAAAAAGAAUAAGUUAAGUUAAUGUUAUGAUGUGAAAGUGUAUAUGAAAAUACAAAAAUGUAUGUCCCACUUUACCAGUAAAGCUUAAAACAUUCUGGGAUUUGGUCAAAAGAGAGUCUUCAAAGGUUCCCAUCAUUGAAUAUUUCUCAGUGUUUGAUUUUGACUGAGGUAGAGGACAUCCUAAACUCUCUUUUAAGGUAUAAUCUGAGGUCAUGUGUCAUACAGAUCGUAAUUCAAAGUGUCCCACUGUGCCCAUAUCCACCCCAGUGUAACACAACCCAAAACUAAAAUGAAUUUAAAAUCAUUUGUAUUUGAGUUUGUUUUGGAGUUAUGUAAAGGUAUUUUAGUUUCAGUUUCAGCUUUUUCCAAUAUUUUCAUAUUUUCGUUAACGAUAAUAACACUGAUUGGAAAUCACCCAUUAUUUCACAUCUUGUCCCUCAAACAAUGUACAAGCUACGAGUCCUCUAAAUGUACACGUGCACUCUUUGCAUUGUGUGUCAAAGUGUUGCAAUAUGAACUGAAUAUACUUAUCAACACAAUAACAAGUGUUUGUCCACAGAUUUAAUGCAGAAGGACAAUUUACAUCAAUCACUACAUGACAUAAUGAAUCAGACUCGUUGUUGUUUCAUGUGCGAUUUCAGUUAAUCACGGUUCAGUUUAGAAAGUAAUCUCUAAAACAUCAGAAAAUCAAUAUUUCUGUGGCUGUUGACACGCAUGCGCACUCGCUCCUGUGAAGAAUGACUCCAUGGGUUAAGAGUUGUUUUGUAAAAUUAAAAAUAGAAACUCGCAUGACUUCAGUAAUGUUCAGUGUUAUAUUUACCACGGGCACUAGAUGGCAGGAUGGGCCUGUUAUAUGACACGAUCACAACAGAUUCGGAGUUUAGAAGAAGAAUAAAUCAGUAAAAGGGACAUUUUGUAAUUUCAAAUAAUCCAUACACAAAAUACUCAAACAUGCACUUGUUGUGUAAUUUUCCUGAGACAAAAUGUAUAUUGUUGUAGAAAAAAAAGUGGUUCCAAAAUAUUAUUUCAAACAUCUCUGGAGCAUCCCCUAAAACGGCAUAAUCAAAUAUAACAGUUCAAAUCGGUUUUAAAUCGACUUUUUGGCAUGAUUGAGUUGAUAUAUGUCUCUUGUAAUUGUUAAAACAAUGUUUAAUCAUCAUGUAUGAAAUAAUAGUAAUUAUGCACACAACCCUGUUGCUCAUAUUAAUCUUUCUUUACAUAAGUAAGUUUGUCCUGGACACUGACAGUGAGGGGACGCAGUAUUGAUUACCAUCCCUGAUACUGUACUUAUAGUAACAGUGUUUCAUCUCCUUCACUUCACUCAGAAGGGACAAUCUGUUAUCUAUAGUCAAAUUAAAUGUGUAUGUAUAAUUGAGCAUAAUCUACAUGUUUUAAAUGUAUUAUCGUAUUUUCCAGAAUAUAAAUUGCCUUAUUUUCUCUUUUAUUGCAUCAGGUAGCUUAAGCAUGUUAAGGUUGCAACAGUUACCUGGAUGGGAUUAUCAACUCAACAUGAACUCAACUGUGUUUAAAUCAUGUCCAGGUCAUUGUCAAUAAGAC